AAAUGCUGAAGUUUGUAGACUGACCGGGGUCCAACACUGCUGACGCAGCCGCCAACAUGUCCACCAAGGACGUCGUGAACAAGCGUGUCUCCAGGUUUAAAAACAAGGGGAAAGACCUGGCAAAACUCCGGGAGAAACGGGUGUCUGAGUGUCUGGAGCUGCGCAAAGCUCAGAAGAACGAGAGUUUCCUCAAGAGGAGGAACAUUAUACUGUCUUCUCUCCCCAGCGAGGAGGCCCUCUCACCUGAACACAAUGACACGCUGAGCUUCAAAAUCGAGGAUAUUAUCAGAGACGUCAACAGCAAGGAUCGGGAGGCCCAGACCAGAGGAUCUCAGGCAGCCAGGAAGCUGCUCUCUAAGGGCCAUGAUCCUCCACUCAAGGAGAUCGUUGACGCUGGUCUGCUGUCACAGUUUGUGUCCUUCUUGUCUAUGGACGAUGAGCCGACUCUGCAAUUCGAAGCAGCAUGGGCUCUCACUAACAUCGCCUCUGGAAAUUCUUGGCAUACCCACCAGGUGGUCCAACAUGGUGCGGUACCAGCUUUCAUCGACUUGCUGGCCUCGCCAAUGUUGCACAUCAGUGAGCAGGCUGUGUGGGCUUUAGGAAACAUUGCAGGUGAUGGUCCAGGUUAUCGUGACAUCCUCAUUGAGUGCAAAGUCAUCCCUGCCUUGCUGGCUCGCAUUUCCCCAGAUACACCGGUUGGCUACCUGCGGAACCUAACUUGGACCUUGUCCAACUUGUGCCGAAACAAGAUGCCAUGUCCCCCUUUGUCUGCAGUUCAGCAGAUGCUUCCUUCUCUGAUCCAGCUGCUUCAUCUCAGUGACAAGAACAUCUUGUCUGAUGCAUGCUGGGCAAUCUCUUACCUCUCAGAUGGCAGUAAUGACCGCAUUGAUGUAGUUGUGAAGACUGGCAUUGUCCCACGGUUGGUGGAGCUCAUGAACAAAAAGGAGCUCUUUAUUUUGACUCCAGCUCUGCGUGCCAUCGGGAACAUAGUGAGUGGCUCUGACCUGCAUACCCAGAUGACGAUAGAUGCUGGCGUUCUCAAUGUUUUACCAAAGUUGUUGAGGCAUCCAAAACCUACAGUGCAGAAAGAGGCAGCAUGGGCUCUGUCAAACAUCGCUGCAGGACCUUGCAAGCAAAUCCAGCAGCUCAUCACUUGCGGAUUGCUUCCGCCUCUUGUGGAAGUGCUCAGAAAUGGAGACUUCAAGACUCAGAAGGAAGCAGUUUGGGCAGUGACAAACUUCACCAGUGGGGGCACUGUAGAGCAGGUGGUCGGUCUGGUGCAAAGUGGAGCUCUGGAAGCGAUAAUCAACCUGCUGCAGGUCAAGGAUGCCAAAGUCAUCCUGAUUAUACUGGAAGCAAUCAACAACAUGUUCAUCGCUGCAGAGAAACUCGGAGAAACCGAAAAGCUUAGUCUGUUAAUCGAAGAGCUGGGAGGACUGGAACAGAUUGAGAUGCUGCAGAACCAUGAAAAUGGGAUAGUGUACCAAGCUGCACAUGACCUCAUUGAGAAGUACUUCAAUGAUGGUGACGUUGAUUCAACUCRGACUGGAUUUGAGUUUAAGGCUCCUGAUGUCCAGAAAACCUUUGAAUUUUAAAUUGGAACCAUUUUGCUAAUCAUAAAUAAACUUGUGUACAAUAUG